CUGACUAAUUAGAAUCCCAUCAAAUUAGAAGUAUUGAUGCGAACUUUCUCUCUACCACCACCCCUUUUUGCCAACCAAUGUCAAAGAAAAUGCUAUAAAAGCAACGACAACUUUGGUCACAGCGAAAAUAAACAAAAUAUUUGCAAAGCUACACAUAAUGGUCAGACCUCUGUUAUAAAUUGGCCGGAAAAAGAAAAAAAACAUCUCGUCUCUUCAAAAGGAAAAACAUUGAAAUCCUCUUAAAAAAAUACAGAAAAACAAUCACAAUGCAUCUUGAGAAAAUAUUAUUAAAACUCUUUGUGGCACUGGUGCUUUGCCUUGCUCUGUGCACUGAAAGUGUCAUCUGCGCCAAGACACGCCACCGUGGAAGGUCAGCUUAUCGACUCUUUCCACGCUACGAAAGAAAAUUACGAGCCCAGGGGCGAUCGGCGAAUUCCUUUACUUCAGACAUUGCCAGCGAGGCUGAGGAUGAGGGACGCUCCGAUGAAGGACGUGGUUUAAUGAAAAUGUGGAAGGGCAUGUUUCCGCAGCAAGAGAGCAACAUCAUUAUUAUAACACAACCUGCUCCAACCGCCGGCACCGGUACGGCAGACACGACAGAUAAUGGAACACCGACGGCAUCUCCCUCCACAAGAGGCACUUCCAGUACCUUUGCCGCCGAUUUGGGAAGGGACGACAUUGCGGAGCCCAACAAUCCUCUGGAUUUCCAGGAUGACUUGCUAAAUGCUCCGACUUUAGGUGAUAAUCCUCAGGAUGAGAUUAUGCCGCCCAGUAUCGUUUACGGUCGCAAUAAAAAGAACAAAAACGUUAGACAACGCCAGAGACGGAGAAGGCCGGCUGCCCAGUAUCAACGUAAACGUAAUCAGUUUGAACGUCAACGUAACAAUCAGAAAACACGCAAUCGUAAUCGUCUAAGAGCGGAACAAAUUGCACAAAUCAUUGCCAAGAAGCCUCGGCCAAAUGGUAAUGUUGUCUCCCUAAACGGCCUCAAUGGAGCUGGGGGAGGUGGAGGAAAUGCUGGUGUCAGCGGCAGCUCCGGCAGUAGCAGCAGUGGCAGUAUUUUCAACAUCAACGCCAACGAACGCAUCCAAAGCAUAAUGAAUGCCCUCCGGCGCCAAACUCCAAUCGUCUAUAAUUACUAAGUAACCAUGGUGCCAUGAUAUGACCUCUGACCUAUCAUUGCCCUGCGUGAACAUUGUAAUUUAGUUGUUGUAUUCACUGGCGAUUAUG